UCUGAGAAUUCAUCACAAGCAGCCUCUGACAGGCUGAGAGCUUUUCUUCCACUAAGGACAUGAUCAUCUUAAUUUACUUAUUCUUCUUGCUGUGGGAAGAGGCUCAAGGAUGGGGAUUCAGGAACGGAAUCUUUCAUAACUCCAUAUGGCUUGAACAAGCAGCAGGCGUGUACCACAGAGAAGCAAGGUCUGGUAAAUACAAGCUCACCUAUGCAGAAGCAAAGGCAGUGUGCGAGUUCGAAGGUGGCCGUCUCGCUACUUACAAGCAGCUAGAAGCAGCCAGAAAAAUUGGAUUUCAUGUCUGUGCUGCUGGCUGGAUGGCCAAGGGCAGAGUUGGAUACCCCAUUGUGAAACCAGGUCCCAACUGUGGAUUUGGAAAAACUGGGAUUAUUGACUAUGGAUUCCGGCUCAAUAGGAGUGAAAGAUGGGAUGCCUAUUGCUACAACCCACAUGCAAAAGAGUGUGGUGGUGUCUUUACAGAGCCAAAGAGAAUUUUCAAAUCUCCAGGCUUCCCAAAUGAGUAUGAUGACAACCAGAUCUGCUACUGGCACAUUAGACUCAAGUAUGGCCAGCGUAUUCACCUGAGUUUUUUGGACUUUGACCUAGAAGAUGAUCCAGGUUGCUUAGCAGACUAUGUUGAAAUAUAUGACAGUUAUGAUGAUGUCCAUGGCUUUGUGGGAAGGUACUGUGGUGAUGAGCUUCCAGAAGACAUCAUUAGCACAGGAAAUGUCAUGACCUUGAAGUUCCUGAGUGAUGCUUCCAUCACAGCAGGGGGUUUCCAAAUCAAGUAUGUCGCUGUGGACCCUGUAUCCAAAGGAAAAAAUACAAGUAUUACUUCCACUGGAAAUAAAAACUUUUUGGCAGGAAGGUUUAGCCAUUUAUAAAACAAAUUCAUGUUGUUUCUGAUUGCAUUUUUUGGAAUUUCCUUAUCAUUUUUGUAUUAUUAUGGUUGUUCACUUUUAUUUAUUGUUUUUCAAAAUGUGAAAACACUAAUGUAGAAGAAAAUUGGAAAAAUACCAAAAACUUCAAAGAGGAUAUCUCACAUAAGCCUACUACAUAGAAAUAACUGUUAACAUGCCUAUACAUUUUCCUUGCAUUUUUCUACUCAUGGUUUGUGUGUACAUGUAUCUAUAUGUAUUUGUUUUUUACAUUUUGGAAGUCUGUUCUAUAAACAACUGUUUUGUGUGUGUGCUAGACCUGAAGUUU